CUGAGGCAUUGGCUCAAAUUAGGCUUGUAUCUGCUCUAGCUGCUUGCCCGGUUACUGGACGCUCUGGCAUUGCAUGUAGCAGUCGCAGAUCUUUAAGAAGUCAUGUCUUUAGGGCUGGAGCUUAUAGGUAUGGUGUCAAGUGUGCUGGGCUGGCUCUUGGCCAUCGUGGCUUGUGCUCUUCCCAUGUGGAGGGUCACAGCCUUUAUCGGCUCCAACAUCGUGACGGCUCAGAUCAUCUGGGAUGGUCUGUGGAUGAGCUGUGUGGUGCAGAGCACGGGACAGAUGCAGUGUAAAGUCUAUGACUCCAUGCUGGCCCUCUCGCAGGACCUCCAGGCAGCUCGAGCCCUGACCGUGAUAUCCAUCCUUCUGACCGUCCUGGCUGUGUUGGUGUCCAUCGGAGGAGCAAAGUGCACUAACUGCAUUGAGGAUGAGUCGUCCAAAGCUAAAGUGAUGAUCUUCGGAGGGGUGCUCUUCAUCGUGGCUGGGCUUAUGCAGCUGAUCCCUGUGUCCUGGUCUGCCAACAGUAUCAUCAGGGACUUCUACAACCCUUUGCUGCCCGAUGCCCAGAGACGGGAGCUGGGAGCCGCGCUGUACAUCGGCUGGGCAGCAUCUGUGCUCUUGAUCAUGGGCGGUUCCUUGCUCUGUUGCUCCUGUCCUCCACAAGACAAGAAAUACAGCCAGUCUCGAAUGCCGUAUCCUGCGUCUCGCUCAACGGGUGGAGGAGGGUAUGACAGAAGAGACUAUGUGUGAAACCAACAGCUCAAUAUAUGGACAUCAUAUUUUCUGGAGAAAAGUGGAAAUAUGCCACAGGGGAACAUGUCUGAGGAAGUUGUUUGAUGUUUUUGAUCUCUAUGUCAGUGCGGUUUUGGCUGUUCAGAAUAUAAGAACUCAAACGCUGACCGUGUGAAAAUGACCUUUGGUAAUUGCUAUGAAAAUGUAAACUCGGACUGUUCCUCCCGAUCGAAUUCUCAACAAAGCAUGAUUUUCAGUUACCUGAGGUGUAUAAAGCUGACUUUUUAUUUAUUGGCCAUUUCUUUUAGUUUUGUAGGACUAGUUGCACUAAGAUAUUUGGCACAGAUGAGUUGACUGUGUGUUUACUAUGUUGGAGAAUUUAAACUUGUCAUUGUCCUUUUUCCUCAACUAGACACAGGUAAAUGUCCAUGUUGUAAUGUAUUUACUUUACAUGAUUCGAAUUGUAAUGUGCAUUUCUUU